AUGCAAAGUGCUAUGAACGUUGCUGGAGGGGACCUGAAUAUUCCAGGGCAGAAACAGCUAGAAGCCAUUGAACAAGAAGAUGCUGUCAACCAGGAAGCCAUCCUCAGGAAGAGGGUCCAAGAAGCCGGUCAAUGGCAAGAGGACGCAGAGGAGCAGGUUGAAGACCGAGGUGGCACGGCCCACUCUGCCAGUGAGACAGCCAAGGCUUCGCUGCAUAAAUCAGAGGAAGCGAUCUCAGAACAACUGAGUCCCCAGACUAUAAAUACUGAGCUAGUGAACACUUGCCAGGCCCUGGAGCAGAAGACAAGAAAACUGAAAAAAACAAUCAAGUCGCUAAGAAAGAAGUUCUUUAAAGGACGACCCCAUGCCUUGCUGUUUCAGAGUUGUUUAGAUGAGGAAUUUCCUCAUUAUGAUCCCUUGUCCUGCACAGAUACAAUUCAACAACAUCUUCAAGAACAACCGAAGCAGUGUUGUCGUGGUAAAGAAGCAAGACUACAUCAGACAGCCCUGACCUUCAAACAUACAUGCUGGGACGCACCUCUGCUGGAUGCCUUGCAUCUGGAUAGUCUUACACUGGUUCCAAGACUGUCACUGACACCUUUCUCACGUCCAGCUAACCAAAUCCAGGCUUCCUGUGAAAGGCCCCAAUAUGGAAAAAUAGAGGAUGGUGCUUUGGAUGUGACUAGAACACACAAAUUCCUAGGCCCUGCGGUUCAACCCCACCCAGGAACAGAUCUUUCUGAUUGCAUCAGGAUGAAUGAUGCCCUAAGUAUGGAAGAGAAUGGUAUCGAACACUUGCAUUCUGAGAGCCUGCCGCAGUCCAGCGAAUAUUCCACACUAUCAUCUCCUGAACACACUUCGUCCACUGAGAGCACUGUAACUUCAAGUGAUUCUGGAUCAGAAACUGUGAACAUGGCUUCUGGUGACCUUCCUUCUAAAGCCCUCUGUGAGAAAGAGGCGGAUAGAAGAUCAGAUUCUGCUCCGAUAAAAGUCAAAGACACAAGUCCCGUUCAUGAGAAUCUUGCACUCCAGGGCUCUGUGGGUGAGGACAGAACAAUGUUGAAUCUGGAAGCCAAAGAGGAAACAAAGAUAAUAGAUAAGCCUAGAAAAGAAUGUGUUGCAGGAGAAGCUGCUGUUUCCUCUGUUCCUGUAACCACUGUGAAAUCGGUUAACUUUAAACCAAGUGAUAACGCUUCUGCUAAUGAGAAGGAGGUAGAGGCUGAAUUUCUCAGAUUAUCUUUGGGGUUUAAGUGUGACUGGUUCACCUUGGAGAAAAGAGUAAAGCUUGAAGAAAGAACCCGUGACUUGGCAGAGGAAAAUUUGAGGAAAGAAAUCACUAACUGUUUGAAGCUGUUGGAGUCUUUAACGCCUCUGUGUGAAGAUGACAACCAGGCCCAGGAAAUCAUUAAGAAGCUGGAGAACAGUAUAUCGUUCCUUAGCCAGUGCACGGUGCGCGUGGCCAGUAGGGCUGAGAUGUUGGGAGCCAUUAAUCAGGAAAGCCGGGUUAGUAAAGCAGUUGAAGUGAUGAUUCAGCAUGUGGAAAACCUGAAGAGAAUGUAUGCCAAAGAGCACGCUGAAUUAGAAGAACUAAAACAGGUCCUUCUGCAAAAUGAAAGGUCUUUUAACCCUCUGGAAGAUGGAGAUGACUGCCAAAUUAAAAAACGCUCAGCUUCUCUAAACUCCAAGCCAUCUUCUCUUCGAAGAGUGACAAUUGCUUCUUUACCCAGAAAUAUUGGAAAUGCAGCAAUGGCGGCUGGGAUGGAAACUAAUGACCGAUUCAGCAGGAGGUCAAGCAGUUGGCGGAUUUUGGGCUCAAAGCAGAGUGAACACCGUCCCUCACUGCAUCGGUUUAUCAGCACCUAUUCCUGGGCGGAUGGUGGAGAAGAGAAACACGAGCUCAAAACUAAAGAUGACUCAGAACCACCUGAAGAAGAAAUAGUAGAAAGGACAAGAAAACCAAGUCUUUCUGAAAAGAGAAAUAAUCCAUCAAAAUGGGAUGUCUCUUCAGUUUAUGACACAGUAGCUUCCUGGGCCACAAAUCUCAAGACCUCCAUCAGAAAGGCGAAUAAGGCCCUCUGGCUUUCUGUUGCAUUAAUUGUACUGUUUGCAGCUUUGAUAAGCUUCCUCACAGGCCGAUUUUUCCAAAAGUCUGUGGAUGCCGCUCCCACCCAGGAUGGGGACUCCUGGAUGUCUCUAGAACAUAUCCUGUGGCCCUUUACCAGACUCCGACACAACGGGCCACCCCCAGUGUGACUGUAACACGUCCUAAUGUGUGUAUCUUAAUUUUUAAAGUUUCAGUAUCUGAAUUUUGUAAAUUAGUAACUUUUAGCUGGGAGAAUAUAGCCUGGAACCAGAGGUUCUCAGAAUGACUAAGACUUUUAAAUUCCCUCUUUUUGUGAUUAUCUCCCCAUGAUCUUUUAAUGAGCUUUUUGAGGAGGAGAUGUUAUAUAGUUUGUUAAAAUGUACUGAAAUAAAGAAUCAUUAAAUCUU